ACAGGCUGAAAUUUAACGAAACUGCAGCCGGAAGAGACUUUUCCUCCUAGGAAAAAGGAAGAGCGGCAGAGCUGACGUGCUCUCUGACACAGUGCACUCCCAAACCACGGAAGCACCUGCCUGCCCAGGUCUUGCACUCCUGAACCACCUGCCUGCCCAGGUCUUCCUCCAGCCCAGGUCCUGCCUGAUCACACAGCUGCAGAGUUAAUGCAAGGUGUACCCUGGAGGUAAGCUGGAGGCACCAUAUCUUUCCCUUCAAGAGGGGUGCUCCCAAGAGCGAAGGCCUGUCUCCACAGCACCUGAAUUGACACCUGGCUCGAAGAAGACUCUGCAAGAGUUUGUUUGUUGCAUGCCUGCCAGAUUCAAGAAAGCCUGUCCUGUCUGCUCAUCUGUUCCUAUAAAGCAAGGACAAACUGUCUCCGAAUGGCCUGUGGACUAUCAGGCGCCACCCUGUAAGCUGGAUCUAUGGAGAGGCCCCUCACAGUCCUGCAGGUGAGCCUGUACCACCCUACACAGGGCCCGGUCGCCUUUGCCCAAGUCCCACCGCAACUGCAACAUGAUGCCAGCCGGCUGCUGGUUGGGCGAGGACAGAACACCCAUCUCCAGCUGCAGCUGCCACAGUUGUCUCGCUACCAUUUGUCCCUGGAGCCCUACCUGGAGAAAGGCAGCAGUCUGCUGGCCUUCUGCCUCAAGGUGCUGACCCGCAAGAGCUGUGUGUGGGUCAACGGGCUGCCACUGAGGUACCUGGAGCAGGUUCCCUUGGGCACCAUCAACAGAAUCUCCUUCUCUGGCAUCCAGAUGCUAGUCCGCAAAGAGGGGGGAGCCUCCCUUGAGACCUUUGUCUGCUACUUCCAUCUCAGCCCUUCACCCCUGAUUUACAGACCCAAGGCUCAGGAGACAGACGAAUGAACCGAAUGAACCGGGAAAACACUGUUAAGAAAGAGACUCCCCCUGUUUUGGGGGAGGCAACUCAUGAACUCUCGAGGUCUCUCCACGGCCCUUCCCAGUCUCAGACAGCUGCUUCCCUGCCAAGCCCGGGAGAAGCAAUAGAAACAAAGUCGCAGAAGGAGCCCUCAGACAAUGCACCCCACCAGCCCUGCUGCUUGAGAGCAAGCCUGACAAAAAUAGGGUUUGAGAUGGUUGAGCUAUAUCAUGUGAGGUUGACACACAGAGUUCACAUGUAAAGCCUGCUGGCCGCCAUGUUCACAGGGAACUGAUUCUGUAAACUUUGAGCAGCCCUUGGGGUGGAGAAAUGCCCUCCAUAGCUCUUGGUAAUGGGAACUUCAUGUACGUUUAGAGGCCCCCAGGGAUUCUGGGAGCCUCUCCCAGCAUUCUGUGCCCCUCCCCCAUUUCCUCCAUUGUCUGGCUAGGAGUUACUUUGUGUUCCUCUGCCUAAGGGCAGGAACAUAGGGUUGAAACAGGAAUGCAAGGACACAGGGAGAAAUUACAUUUGAGGUAGCUCCCGGUUCCCUUCAGUUUUCAAAUACCCACAGGCGCUCAGGGCUUAGGAAAGCCUGUGUUUAAUAAACUAAAAGUAUUUCAUUAUGCUGGCAUGCCCAGUAGGAUCCCCUGAGGCCCAGAUGGGCCACAAGUAUACCAUGUUGUCAUGUGGCUUUGGGGGCGGGAAACCUGGAUGAGGUGUGAGAGGAAAUUGGGAGGGUAGGUAGGCGUACGUUUCUGGGAAGGUUGCAAGUAGAACUCUGGGCUUCUGGUGGGGGGAGGUGCGGGGGGGGGCUAGAAGCUAGGACUGCCUGGACAUUUCUUGUCCUCCUCCUCCUCUCCCUUCCUCCUCUCCGCCCUCUUCUUGUUCCCUCUCCUCUCCUCCCAUCCUCUAUCCCUUCUGGACCAGAGCCUUGGUUGGCCAGAGGUCAAAGGUCUUCAGGGAAAGAUGGUUUUCUAGAGAAGUUGGCUCUUUCAGAACUAAUUCUAUGGUUGGGAUGCAAGGUCAUCCUAGCAGUCAACCUAGCAGUUACCUCACUCAGAGUAAAUCAGAUGCCAGCAGGAAGGGGGAGCGGGGGACGAGGGGGGUACCUAUCCUUCCUGAAUGGACGUUGGGGGUGAUGGUGGAUUGUUAAGGAGCUAAGUAGGCAAGGAUGAGAGAAUUUUCUCAGAAGGGAGCAGAAGGCUAGCAGGGGGAGUGUUUACUCAUGUGAGAGGAGAGUCCCACAGACUCUGCUAACCACCAGACCACCAGAUCCUACACUAGAGAACCCCAAACACUCAGGGGACAGUGCUACCAGCAGACUGAUCCAUAGCCUCCACACCCGGGACACCACUGCCAUAUAACAUCCCGUACCCCUUUGUGCCCAAAUCCUAGGUCAUAUGAUCAAUACUGUUCCCCAGCUGAGCAUGUCUUCCCCAUAAGGAAACUAAACACUAGACAAGAUACAUAUGGGCGUGGGAAGCCCCUCCUCCUACAGAAUAUGGACUGUGUACACUCAGCUCACAGACACAAGAUGUGUGUCUACUUGGGACAGUGCUGGCUAUACUGUGAGUGGCACACCCCCCCCCAAGACUCCCAAAGUACUUUCUCAUUUGUCAAUGAACUUGCACCAAGCGCCCACCUCACACCCAAUAUGUCCAAAGUCUCAGGAUCCAGGAAUAAACAAAGCCAGGAGAA